AAGAGUGGGCUUUGCUGGAUUCUCCCCAGAAGAAGCUCUACAAAGAUGUCAUGCUGGAGACCUACAGGAACCUCAGUGCUAUAGGAUUUAAUUGGGAAGACCAAAAUUUGGAAGAACAUUGUCAAAGAUCUAGAAGACUCAGAAGGCAUGAAAGAAGUCAGAGCGCAGAGAAACCCUCUGAAUAUACACAGUGUGGCAAAGCCUUUGCUUUACAUGCUCCCAGUCAUGCUCAAAGACAUGAAAGUUUUCAUACAGAAAAGACACCUUAUGAAGAUAUUCAGUGUGUCGAAGCCUUUGCACCUUACACAAGUAGCCAACUAAGUAAAAGCACACAAAUUGGACAGAAACCCUAUGAAUGUAAUCAACAUGGUAAAGCUUUUGCAAAACACAGUCAUCUUAAAAGGCAUGAAAGGAUUCAUACUGGAGAGAAACCCUACAAAUGUAAUCAAUGUGAUAAAGCCUUUUUCCAACACUGUCACCUCCAGAAUCAUAAAAGAAUACAUACAGGAGAGAAACCCUACAAAUGUUUUCAAUGUGAUAAAGACUUUUCUCUACACUAUAACCUCCAGAUGCAUAAAAGAACACAUACAGGAGAGAAACCCUACAAAUGUAAUCAAUGUGAGAAAGCCUUUUUCCAAAAGAGUAGUCUUGCAACACAUAAAAGAUUUCAUACUGGAGAAAAACCCUACAAAUGUAAUGAAUGCAAUAAAGCCUUUUUCCAACACUGUAACCUCCAGAAGCAUAAAAGAACACAUACAGGAGAGAAACCCUACAAAUGUAAUCAAUGUGAAAAAGCCUUUUUCCAAAACAGUAGUCUUGCAACACAUAAAAGAUUUCAUACUGGAGAGAAACCCUACAAAUGUAAUCAAUGUGAGAAAGCCUUUUCCCACCAUAGUUAUCUCCAGAAGCAUAAAAGAACACAUACAGGAGAGAAACCCUACAAAUGUAAUGAAUGUGAGAAAGCUUUUUCAGGACAUUAUAAUCUACAAAGUCAUAAAAGAAAACAUACUGGAAAGAAAUCUUACAAGUGUAAUCAGUGUGAGAAAGCCUUUUCAAAACAUGGUCAUCUCCAAAAGCAUAAAUGAAUACAUACUGGAAAGAAAACCUACAAAGGUAAUGAAUGUAGGAAAGACUUUUUACAACGCCAUCCCUUCUGAAUGUGUAAAUGAACAUACU